AUGGAUUUUCAACAAAAGAUGCUUGAAGAUCAUGUGAGGACAGCUGCAGUCAUGGAGAAUCAGUCAGAUUUUUAUGGCGAUAUUGUCAUCAAUUUUCAAUAUGGCUGCAAAGACGAUUUGAAAGGAGUUUUUGUACCUUCCAAUCUGGUGGAUCUCUUUAUUUCUGCAGCAGAUGCAAGGUCAGUGAUAGUUGGUGUUCUGGUCGGCUUAGAGAAAAACAAAGUUACACAUGUGUUACUCCCUCCUCAGUGGAGUACACAUUGGGAAUUGAACAUAGCCGCUAUACCUAUGGAUAACAUGCACAUGCAAGGCAUGACACUGCUUGGUUUUGUAAGGACUGUCUCCCCUAUAGACUGCAAGCUCCUCACUCCUACCACUUCUGAUGUGCUCUUCAAUAUUUUGGUAAAGAAACCAUUAUAG